GGUGCCCUCCGCCUAGCGCGUUUCCGGUGAGCGCGGCGGAAGUGGGGGGCGCGCGGCCGCCGUGAUGGCGGCGCCGAAGGUGAAGCAGGACAUGGCGCCGCCGGGCGGGUACGGGCCCAUCGACUACAAACGGCACCUCCCGCGCCGCGGCCUCUCAGGCUACAGCCUCUUCGCGCUCGGUAUCGGCAGCCUCCUGCUGGGCUACUACACCCUCAUCAAGUGGAACCGGGAGCGCAGGCGGCUGCUCAUCGAGGACCUGGAGGCGCGCAUCGCCCUGAUGCCGCUGCUGCAGGCCGAGUCGGACCGCAGGACCCUCCGCCUGCUGCGGCAGAACCUGGAUGAGGAGGCCAAAAUCAUGAAGGAUGUUCCUGGUUGGAAGGUCGGCGAGUCCCUGUUCCACACCGACCGCUGGGUGCCCCCAACGGUGGACGAGCUCUACUACCUGCGCCCCACCAGCGAGAUGGACAACGAGAAGUUCGGGCUGCAGUAUUACGUCUGAGGCGCGGCGCUUCCCGAGCUGCCGGUUCCCCCCUCCCGGUGCCGCGGGGCAGGCAGCCGUGGCUGCCGCCUGUUCCGCUAUCUGUUAUUAAAACCACACGGAUCCGUGGUGUCAGA